UAAAAAUAGUUUGGAUCCGGUGAGAACACCGCCUAUCUCCGGCGGGGAGACGUGCUUGCAGAGCUCGCAUCAAAUGGCGAGGCCUUCGCAGGUCGCGAUUGACAAUUUCAUCAGCUUCACCGGCUCGACCGAGGUCGCUGCCAUCCAGAAACUUGAGUGCCCAGUUUUGAAUUCUGGCAGUUGUGAUUGCACUCCCCGGACGAGUAUGGUGCGGCCAUGGAUCCUUCUACUUCUCCUCUUGCUCGCAAUCUCGCCGCCUUCUCACUCUUCCACGGUGCACAACAACAACUGGGCCGUUCUGGUUUGCACUUCCCGUUUCUGGUUUAAUUAUCGUCACAUGGCUAAUACACUCUCAUUGUACAGGACGGUGAAGCGGCUUGGUAUUCCAGAUGAGCGGAUUAUACUAAUGUUGGCAGAUGACAUGGCUUGCAAUGCUAGGAAUAGCUAUCCUGCUCAAGUUUUCAACAAUGAGAAUCACAUGCUUAACCUGUAUGGAGAUAAUGUCGAGGUUGAUUAUCGAGGCUAUGAAGUGACUGUUGAAAAUUUUUUGCGCGUUUUGACUGGGAGGCAUGAGACUGCUGUUCCCAGAUCAAAGCGCCUUUUAAGUGAUGAAGGGAGCCAUAUUCUCGUGUACAUGACUGGGCAUGGUGGAGAUGAAUUUUUAAAAUUUCAGGACAAUGAAGAACUUCAGAGCCAUGAUCUAGCUGAUGCAGUGAAACAGAUGAAAGAGAAGCAUAGAUUCAAGGAACUACUGAUAAUGGUUGAUACUUGCCAAGCUGCCACACUAUUCUCCCAGCUUCAGUCACCAGGUGUUUUGGCCAUUGGGAGUAGCAAGAAAGGGGAAAAUUCAUAUUCUCAUCACCUAGAUUCCGAUAUUGGUGUAUCUGUUGUGGAUAGAUUCACAUAUUACACGCUUGCUUUCUUCGAGAAGCUGAACAUGUACAGCAAUGCUUCAUUGAGCAGCCUAUUCAAUUCAUAUGAUUCACAUUUGUUGAUGUCCACUGCAUCUUAUAGAGAAGAUCUCUAUCGAAGGCCCUUGAGUGAGGUACCCGUAACGAACUUCUUUGGCUCGGUCAUGAAAACAUUUCACACAGACUUUGCGUAUACUGGUUUCUCUAUGGAACCUGAGGCUCACAUAUCUUUAGUUUCUGAAACCGAUAGCCGGAGAACAUUAGGAAGUGAAAAUGCUCAAACUGAAGCAGCUAAUCACAAUGCGAAGGAUAACUGCCCUUUCCAUGCAUGGUUGAAGGUUUUAGAAGACAAGUUGGAUAACGAAAAUGCCGAAAAAUUGGUGUUAUAUGGUCUGGGAAGCAUGGUACUUUUGCUAGCAAUUUCAACUUUAUUAUCAGUGUAAGCAUUGAAGGUAUAUGAAUGUUAUUAUGCAUGGGAUACCAUUUUUGUACCAUAGACUGCAUGUUUUCAGUUUUCACCACUCAAUUAUAUCAAUUGCUCAUCUUCAGGUUACAAAAUUCA